UAAGAAGAAAAUUUUGUUUCUUGAAAAUAUUUGGAAUCAGUUCAAAAGCUUAAUAGUCUAAAAGAGUUAUCAAACAAGUGUUUUGUAUAAUUCUUACAAACAGAACGGGAUUGUCGUGCGUAAACGAGAAGAACGGUAUGUCUUCACAUACCACGUUGGCGCACCUACUGGUUGUCUAUGUCCUCAUAACAAUGACUCAUGGACAACAAGGCGACUGGACAACUGAAGGAUAUAAUAACACAGGGAACUGGACAAAUGGUGGAUUUAACAAUACAGGAGGAAUGUUCGCGUACUGCAUGAAUAACUGGGACUGCGAGGGAGUCUACGUGUGCAUCUCUAAGAUGUGUUCAUGCCCUUCCAAGACGAUAUACACUGGAUUCGGUUGCCAGAGCGACAGAGAUUCGGGAAUCCAGUGCAGCUCAACCUUGGACUGCAACUAUUAUAACAAUACACAGUGCAUCAUUGAUCGAAACGAAACUUCUACCUGUGCAUGCCCACACGCGUUUCAAAAGUUUGAUACUGCAUCAGGGUGCAGGGAACGAGAAAGGUUUGAUGCCUGCGACAUGGACACAGAUUGCAAGCCGCCAACCACGUGUCAAGAUAUGGGGAGCGGAAGUUUGAUGUGCAUGGACGACAACUACAUGAACAACACAGGCAACUGGACGAAUGGAGGAUUUAACAACACAGGGAACUGGACAAAUGGUGGAUUUAACAAUACAGGAGGAAUGUUCGCGUACUGCAUGAAUAACUGGGACUGCGAGGGAGUCUACGUGUGCAUCUCUAUGAUGUGUUCAUGCCCUUCCAAGACCAAAGACACUGGAUUCGGUUGCCAGAGCGACAGAGGUAACGUACAUAGGCCCGUAAGCUGGAGACAAUAA